UAGUACCGGCGCGUCGCUCCGUCACAGCGCACGCGCACUUUCUGAUAUCGUUCUCUGGUAUAAAAGAGUACGCGUCCUUUACGAAGCCCACUCGCACUCCUACCACACCGGGCCAACAGACAAACAAACAAAAUGGCUUACAGACACAGCCAUGACCACGAUGACGAUACAGAUGGUAUUGUAUUGGCCAAAGGCAUUUCCAUGGUGGUGCUUUUCUGUGCCUCCAUGAUAUGUGGUCUAAUACCUCAGAUCAUCGCGAGAAAGUUUCGAUGGCUCUCCGUAGAAGACGCGGGGACGUUCAAGUCUACGAAUCGGGUGGUGAUGACUCUGCUCUCCUUCGGAGGAGGUGUGCUGCUCUCAACGACUUUCAUGCACGUCAUGCCUGAAGUCCAAGAGAACAUUGAAAAUUUGCAAGCGAGGAACAUUCUUCAAGAAUUUGAUUUCUCACUGACUCCCCUAUUGACGUGCUGCGGCUUCUUCAUAAUGUAUCUGAUAGAAGAAUUGGUGCACAUAUACAUCCAUCACAGAGAGAAGAAUAAUGGACAGACAGAUCUACUGGUCAGAAAUUUGAGCGUGCGCAAGAGCCGCUGCACAGAGGGACAUAGUAACGAAGCUAAAAACUCUACUGAAUCCGGAAUUGAAUCACCCGAAAAGAAUAGGGAACAUGAAGCGAACAACCACAAUCACGCAAAGCACCACAGCCACAUGCCUAUACAGGUCGGUGAUGACGUCACAUCAGCGCUUCGAGGUCUGCUCAUUGUUCUAGCUCUUUCUGUUCAUGAGCUCUUCGAAGGCUUAGCCGUUGGCUUGGAGAACAGCACUUCCCAUGUUUGGUACAUGUUGGGCGCCGUUUCUGCACACAAACUUGUCAUCGCAUUCUGUAUUGGUGUAGAACUUAUCGCAACACGUACGAAGACUUGGUUGACAAUUGUGUACAUCACAACGUUCGCAUUUGUUUCGCCCCUCGGUAUCGGCAUUGGCCUGAUCCUGGUAGGAGGGGAAGGAGCCGCUACCCAAGUAGCGUCUGCGGUCCUACAAGGUCUUGCUUCGGGUACACUGGUCUACGUCAUCUUCUUUGAAAUCUGGAAGGGAGAUAGAUCCGGGAUCCUACAGUACAUAGCGUCAUUGUUCGGUUUCUUCCUCAUGUUCGGAUUGCAACUGCUAACUGGUCAUUCACACAGCCAUUCUCACGGCGGCGGCGACGGUGAUCACGGACAUUCGCACGACCGCUAACCGUGCACCACUGCUUCGUCUAUAAAUAAUUUAGCAUAUUAUUUCGUUAUAUAGUCAUAUGAUAAUACCUAUGCUAAAAUUUUACGAAAAUGCCAGUUUAAAGAAUACAAAGCUCAAAAUCACUGUGUUGGUCAUAAAACGAAAACUUAUUAAAAUAAAACAGACGUAGAUCUCCUUAAUUGGAAUCAGUAUUUUUUGUAAAAAGUAUUGAAGGGCUUAUUCAUUGAAAUACAAGUGAGAUUCAUAAAUAAGACACGACUACGGCUGUUUAGUUAAGUAAGUCAUAGGCUAAAAUCUAGUCACGUUUUUAUAAAAAAAAAAAAAA